AUUUCUGGAACGGGAUGGAACAUAUUGCUCUACUAAAGAGGGGGAGGCCCAAAAGUGGACUGUGUCAUUCCUGAAGUGACUUGGCAGCAGAGGAGGCGUCUCUCCUGAACUCUAUAAAAGGUCAGCUCCACAGCUCCACAGCUCCACCAGACAGACAGGCUGUGCUCCAACUCCAGGCUCCAGGUGCUGCCUCCCAGAAUCCCAGAUGGAUUUCAGUCGUCGAAGUCUUCACAGAAGCCUGAGUUCCUCCUCACCAGGCCCAGCCCUCAGCAUGAGUGGCUCCCUGUAUAGGAAGACGAGCGUGCAGCGCCUGGGGGCUGCACCCAGCGUCUAUGGAGGGGCCGGAGGCCACGGCACUCGCAUCUCCGUCUCCAAAUCUGUAACGAGCUAUGGGAGUGAUCUCUCCAGCGGAGGGGAUCUGUUUGCUGGCAAUGAGAAACUAGCAAUGCAGAACCUCAAUGACCGGUUGGCGAGCUACCUAGAAAAAGUGCGGUCCCUGGAGCAAUCCAACUUCACACUUGAAGCCCAGAUCAAGCAGUGGUAUGAAACCAAUGCACCUAGCACCAUCAAGGACUACGGUCCCUACUACACACAAAUCAAAGAGCUGCAGAAUCAGAUUAAAGAUGCUAAAAUACAAAAUGCCCGAUGCGUCCUGCAAAUUGACAAUGCUAAGCUGGCUGCAGAGGACUUCAGAUUGAAGUUUGAGACGGAGAGGGGGAUGCGCAUCACUGUAGAAGCUGAUCUCCAAGGCCUGGGGAAGGUCUUUGAUGAUCUGACCCUUCAAAAGACAGACUUGGAACUUCAGAUUGAAGAGUUGAGCAAAGACCUGGCCCUCCUCAAGAAAGAGCAUCAGGAGGAAGUCGACGUCCUUCGCCGGCAGCUGGGUAACAAUGUCAAUGUGGAGGUGGAUGCUGCUCCAGGCCUGAACCUGGGAGAGAUCAUGAAUGAGAUGAGGCAGAAAUAUGAAGUCUUGGCCCAGAAGAACCUUCAAGAAGCCAAAGAACAGUUUGAGAGACAGAGCGAGGCUCUGCAGCAACAAGUCACUGUGAACACCCAGGAGCUGAAAGGAACCGAGGUUCAAGUCACGGAGCUGAGACGCACCUACCAGAACCUGGAGAUAGAGCUCCAGUCCCACCUCAGCAUGAAAGAGUCUCUGGAGCGCACCCUGGAGGACACCAAGGCUCGUUACGCCAGCCAGUUGGCAGCCAUCCAGGGAAUGCUGAGCUCCCUGGAGGCCCAACUGAUGCAGAUCCGGAGUGAUGCCGAACGCCAGAACCAGGAGCACAACAUCCUUCUGGACAUAAAGACCCGGCUUGAGCAGGAGAUCGCCACCUACCGCCGCCUUCUGGAAGGAGAAGAUGUAACAACAACUAAGGAGUACCACCUGAGCACUUUGGAAGCAAAGGAUACUCAGAAAACCAGGAAGAUUAAGACCAUCGUGCAGGAAGUGGUGGACGGCAAGGUCGUGUCCUCUGAAAUCAAGGAGGUGGAGGAAAGUGUAUAACCAGCUGCCAAGGGGAGGCUGCUCCGGCUGAAAAUGAAAGAAACUGGCCAUCAGAGAACCAUCAGCACUGUGUAGUGAUUCCGGUGGGAUGGGGAGUCUAUUUAUCAAUCUCUGUAAUUAAAUACAAAUGCUCUCGCUCUGAGCUGUAAAGCGCUUGCAAGAUUGAACCCAGACAGUACUAUCGAAGCCGUCGUCAAUACCAGGCACAUUCUUCACAGUCUCGUUCACUUACAGCGAAGGUCUCAUUGGCGGAGGUCUAGCAAAUAGCAAAUAAACCUCUCUCUGUUUGGGUUUUCUUGUUCUUGUUUCUGAAUUGCUAAAACCCCUGUAAGGAGCCCAUGGGUUCCCCAUGGAGGCAACUUCCCAGCUAAUCUCAUUGGAUUGUGUUUCCCUUAAGCAGGUCUUUGCCUUUCCCUAUAGUCUCUGCUGCCUCUCGUCACUAUGCUUAGUUCUUUGAAUAAGUUAAAAGAAUUUCCAAUCCCAAAUGCUGAACAGAAUAAGAACGAGGCACCCGGCGAUUGAAAUGGGACUGAGUUAAGAGCAUAACUGGACUGAAGGUAGAAUGUGUCCUCUUUUCAUAAUAAACUGCUGAACUCA